ACAUAAAAGCAAUUCAAUUUGAAUUUUGUAAUAACAAACACCUUCUAAGAUUUUUCAGUUUCGUCCAUCCCUAUGUCGUUAAACACCUUCAAGGAAACUCUCAAACCUUGUACAAAUCAAUCAUCGUCAUUAUUCUCCCAAAAAUCUUCAUCAAUUUCUUACAAUUUUGACACCCAAUCCGUAACAAACCCUAGAAAACCCCCAAAAUCUUCAUUGUCACAACAACUUCAACGACUCGAAGAUCACACUUCAUUGCUUCAAAGUCAACAACCCCAAACUCCCAAAAAGGACAAGAAUCAUUUUGAUAUCAAGAGAAAGUAUGAGAAAGUUGAGGAAGGUGAAGAAGAAGAAGAAGAAGAAACGGGAAUUGCGUUUGGUUUUGGGUUUGGGGGGAGACCCAAGUUGGAUUCCUUGUUGUUAGAUCAAGCUGGACCCUAUGAGCCGUUGAUUCUGUCUAAAACGCAUGAAAAAACUGUUGUCCAGGUUCCAGCAUCUAUAAACUGUAGGCUUUUGGAGCAUCAACGAGAAGGAGUGAAAUUUUUGUAUAGCUUGUAUCAGAAUAAUCAUGGAGGAGUUCUUGGAGAUGAUAUGGGACUUGGUAAGACCAUCCAAAGCAUCGCAUUUUUAGCUGCUGUAUUUGGUAAGGAUGGAGAUGUACCAGAAUCAUCAGUCCCGAAGGAACGCCAAAGAACAAUGGGCCCUGUACUAAUAGUUUGUCCCUCUUCUUUGAUCCACAACUGGGAAAAUGAGUUUUCCAAGUGGUCAACAUUUAGUGUUUGCAUUUAUCACGGGCCAAACCGUGAUCUAAUGAUUGACAAACUAGAAGCGCGUGGAGUUGAGAUACUUAUAACCAGUUUUGAUACAUACAGAAUCCAUGGAAGAAUUUUAUCAGAUAUUGAAUGGGAGAUUGUGAUUGUCGAUGAGGCACAUCGACUUAAGAAUGAGAAAUCAAAGCUGUACGAGGCAUGUUUAGAAAUUAAGACCCGAAAACGUUAUGGUCUUACGGGAACAAUAAUGCAGAAUAGAUUAAUGGAAUUGUUUAAUCUGUUUGACUGGGUGAUACCUGGUUGCCUGGGGACACGUGAACACUUCCGAGAGUUUUACGAGGAGCCCCUCAAACAUGGACAGAGAUCAAGUGCUCCAGAUAGAUUUGUUCGAGUUGCUGAUGAGCGGAAACAACACUUAGUAUCAGUUCUGCGCAAAUAUUUGUUAAGAAGGACAAAAGAGGAAACUAUUGGACAUCUCAUGUUAGGGAAAGAAGAUAAUGUUGUUUUUUGUGCGAUGAGCGAACUGCAAAAACGGGUUUAUCAGAGAAUGCUACUGUUACCUGAUGUGCAAUGCCUUAUCAAUAAGGAUCUCUCUUGCAGUUGUGGAAGCCCUCUCAAGCAAGUCGAAUGUUGCAGACGGACCACUCCAGAUGGUGUUAUCUGGCCGCACCUUCACAGGGACAAUCCAGACGGUUGUGAUCACUGCCCAUUUUGCCUCGUUCUUCCUUGUCUCGUCAAGCUCCAGCAGAUAAGUAAUCAUUUGGAGCUUAUCAAGCCUAAUCCAAGAGAUGACCCAGAUAAACAAAACAAAGAUGCAGAAUUUGCUGCUGCUGUAUUUGGUGAGGACGUUGAUUUGGUUGGAGGGAACAUGCAAAAUAAGAGUUUCUUGGGCUUAAGUAAUGUUGAACAUUGUGGGAAAAUGAGAGCAUUGGAGAAACUAAUGUCCUCUUGGGUGUCACAAUAUGACAAAAUUCUUCUUUUCAGCUAUUCUGUAAGGAUGCUGGACAUACUUGAGAAAUUUAUUAUACGAAAAGGCUAUGGUUUUUCAAGACUUGAUGGUUCCACCCCAACUGGCCUGCGCCAGUCUCUAGUCGAUGACUUCAACUCUAGUCCAAGCAAACAGGUAUUCCUCUUAUCAACAAAAGCUGGUGGCCUUGGGCUCAACCUUGUUAGUGCGAAUCGUGUAGUGAUAUUUGAUCCAAACUGGAAUCCUGCCCACGAUUUGCAGGCUCAGGACAGGUCAUUUCGAUUUGGACAGAAGCGGCAUGUUGUUGUUUUCCGCCUACUUGCAGCUGGUUCUCUUGAAGAACUUGUUUACACUCGUCAGGUCUACAAACAGCAGCUAUCAAACAUUGCCGUCUCUGGAAAUAUGGAAAAGCGUUAUUUCGAGGGAGUUCAGGAUAGCAAGGAGUUUCAAGGGGAGCUAUUUGGAAUAUGCAAUCUUUUCAAAGAUUUAUCUGACAGGCUCUUCACAAGUGACAUCAUUGAAUUGCAUGAAAAGAACAGAAGGCAAGAUGAUGGAACUCAUACAAAGCAGGACUUGGAUGCAGUUGGGCUUUAUUUUGUUCCGGAGAAAGAAAUAACUACAGCAUCUUUAGUGGAAGCUGAAAGCAGUAGACAUAAAGAGGAGGAGUGCACAGCAGUUUCUCCAGUCCUUGAAGACCUAGGUAUUGUAUAUGCUCAUCGGUAUGAAGACAUUGUUAACCUUGGACCGGCCAAGUUCAAAGAGAAGAAAGAACAGACUGUACAGUUAGAUUACCCUCAGCAUCAGCCGAAGUUUUCAACUGCUGGGAAGAGGAAAUCUAACGCCAUAACUGGGAAGGAGAAUGUAGGAACCGUUAAUCCUAUAAUGAUCCGCAAAAAGAACCAAUAUAGCCUGCUUGCCCGUUCCAUGGGUAUGGAAGAGGUUCAGUUUAGCAAAUGGCUCUUAUCUGCAACUCCAGCAGAACGUGAAAAAGUACUGAUAGACUAUCGUAAGAGAAAGGAGAAGAUGCCUAAUGGUUGAAACUUCUCUUCCCUUCGCAUCUGACUUAUAACUUUGUAACAUUUAGUCUUGUACAGGUGCCUUGUUUUCCUUCUUAAUGUGUACAGGAAAGCAUGUAGGCAGUGUCAUCCUUUACACCUCUGUCUGUAUCUUCACACAUUUUGAGUAUAACAGCAAUAGAUACAGUUGUGAUAAGUAUAAAUUGUAUUGACAAACACUUAGCACUUGGAUCUGAACUCAAUAGAGUAUAAAUUGUUUUGGAAUAUAAACAGUUCCCUAUUCAAUUCUA